CCUGUCUACCGCGCAGUACGCAGUCCUCACUCAUUCACACAUUUCGUCAAUAAUAAGCCCUCACAUCCCGCAAUGUCGGCCGCCAGCACCGAGACCAGUGCCCCGCUGCCCACCGCUGGCAGCCGCGUCUUCUUCCAAGCUGCCCCCGGGGUGGGCUGCGUGGGGUCCGGCCCCAUCACCGGGGACGACCCGGUCCAGAAGAAACAGGGCAAAGUGACGGUCAAGUACGACAGGAAAGAGCUGCGGAAAAGACUCGUCCUGGAGGAGUGGAUCAUCGAGCAGCUCAGCGAGUUGUAUGACUGUGAGGAGGAGGAGAUGCCAGAGGUGGAGAUAGACAUCGAUGACCUGUUGGAGGUCAACAGUGACGACGAGAGAGCCAGCAAACUGCAGGAAUCAUUAAUAGACUGCUACAAACCAACAGAGGACUUUGUCCGGGAGUUGCUGGGCAGGAUAAGGGGAAUGAGAAAACUCAGUGCACCAACUAAGAAGGGCCUAUAAUGGCUUUCACAUCAACACCAAUCAAACAUAAACUAGAUCAUCUCAGCUCCACCUGCUUAACCCACCCCACAUGGACUGUCAUCAUCACACACAAUAACUUAUCAAAACAUUAGUAACUAUUCUGCAACCUGCAAACACACUCCAUAAAAUCCAUGCAUAUAGCACAACAAGGUGUAUUAUACUAUUUGACUGUUGAAAGGUACGUGAGCGAAACAGAGCCAACGUGGUGAAAAAUGAAAAUGUCAAACCCUGCAACGUGCCAGAACUGCAAGCGUGCUUUAACAUGAAUACCACCUAACUCCACAUUUCAGAGCCAUGUUAAAACUUUUCAAGCCGAUGCUGUAAUCCCAACAGCCAUACAGACUAAAACACUGAUAAAUCUCAAAAAGGGAGGUGGUGGGG